CUGGAAGUGACGGAAAGGUAAGGAAAUGAUGUCAGUGGAACAGUGACGUCGCCGCACAUUUUAGUAAACAUGGCGUCCGUGACAACAGCCACUUCCGAGUGGAUCCAGUUUUUCAAGGAUGCCGGCAUCCCAGCUGGCCUGGCCGUCACCUAUGCAGUCUCUUUUGUGGACAACAGGUAGAAUUCAGAAGAACAUGCUGAUGGACCUGAGCAAGGACAUCAUGAUGGACCUUGGCAUCACGGUUGUUGGUGACAUCAUUGCGAUUCUCAAACACGCCAAGGUCGUCCAUAGACAGGACAUGUGCAAAUUGGCAACAGAAGCCAUCUCCUCAGGACAGACCAGCGUCAAAGCUGAGCUCAGAAGAACUGCCAACACUCCAGCCACUCGAAUGAUAGCCAACGCCUUGAGCCAUGACUCCCCUCCAACCACUCCAGCUCGUCGCCCCGACAACCGCCUCUCGGUCACAGUGUCCAACGUUCAAGCAAGCAAGGGUAGCAAAGCAGCGGUCAGUCAGCCAGAAGACGAAGGGAACGAGUUGUCAGCUGCGAAGCGCCGACGUGUGACAGCAGAGAUGGAAGGCAAGUACAUCAUCAACAUGCCCAAAGGCACCACGCCACGCACACGCCGCAUCCUGGCCCAGCAGGCCAAGAAAGGUUUGAAGCGCACGUCGGUGUUCGCAAGACUUGGCGCCGAAUCGAAGGCGGACCCAGCAGCCAGCACUAACAAGCCCACAGGCGUCUUCAGCCGUCUGGACGCAGCAGACGAAGUGGAGGCGGAGCCAAGGUCGGGAAAGUUGAAGCUGACCGCGCAGGAGGACGACAGCGACGGAGAAGGGUCCGUCCUCCAGUACGCGGGCGUCCUCAAAAAGUUGCUGCCCUCCCCGAGGAGCGAGCCCAUUAAAAAGCGCGCACCCACCACACUACGGCGCCUGGGCGGCAAGUUGAAGCGACCGCCGCCCGACACCUCCACCCCGUCGUCCUCUUCCAAUGGUGUCGCAACUAAAAUCAGCGUGCUUCAGAGACUGGGUAAGCACCAGCGCGCCACCGCCCCCUCCUCUGCGGUGUCUCCCCCACCUGCUGACACGCAGGACAAUAGAGUGACGAGCACUCGGCCCAGGGCCAAGCAGAAAGUGAGCGUGGUGCGCUGCAAAGUCAGCAGCAGCAGCAACAGCAACAGCACUGGAGCAGGAGCCAGAACAGGAACAGGAGCAGGAGCGGUGGACUGUGCUGGCGCCCAGAUGGACUGCAAGGCUGUCAGCGUUUUCAAGAGGCUAGGCAAUAAAAACAAGUAAUACACGUCCCAAAUGUUGUGCAGCAAGGACUGUGGAUUCAUUUGGGGGAAAAUUAGGUUUUUAUUUUUAUUUUUUCUGUACAGACACUGACCCAAAACUAAAUAUUUUAGUUUGAACUUUGGUGCCAUGGGUAACCUCAUUUUUCCAAAUUAUCAGUGCUCCUCCCACCCAACAAAUCAAAUUUUUUUUUAAUUGCUUGGACAGAAAUACUGCAAUGUUAGCUGACAUUUAUCAUUCUUAAGAUUUUGGUAUUUAAGCAUUAAAAAAAAAAUCCAAAUGCAUGAGCAUGGCAUGGACUGAAGUGCUAGUAUUAUCGUUUUAAUAAUUUACCCGUGAACGAGGGUUGCUGCUGCCCAAACCUUCCGUCACAGUAUUUAUAGUCUGCAACAUAUCAUGACAAUUUUCUGAAGUCAUUUUUAAUGUAAAAUCUAAAAAGGUAAUUUACGUCCCUCUUUUCAUUUUAUACAAUAGUGAAAACCUAUUGUGAUUCACCUUUUGGUCAAGCCAUAGGAACUUAUUAGGAAACUUCUUGUCGACUCUAUUUGAGCAUCCGCACAAGUUGAAAUGAUUCCGAUACAUCUCACAAACUCUCUUACCUUAGUAUAGACCGCCUACCUGAAAGGGAGCGUGGGUUGAGUGUUCUUAUAACACAGCAUGUAUAGAUUUGAGUCGACUUGAUUUCACACCGUACGGAGCAUGGUAUGCUACAUCUUUGUCUUUGUUGGAGAAAUGAAAAUAUCAAUCUUAUGCCCUUUCUCCAUUGUACCGGUUCUACACUGAAACAGCCUGGUUCCGCCCUGUGUUUCCUUUUUCAAUACAGCUAUUUGAAGCUGGGUACUUAGAAUGGAACCGUUCCUCAGAAGCUCUUCCAACCCGAACACCGCCGUCGUCGUCGUCAUUUGAUUGGCCGGGCUGUGGGUCCACAAGGUGUUUUAUUUUUUUUUCACCUGCCCGCCAUCUCGUGGUGUAACAGCUGUAGGUCUUUUUUAGACUUACAUUUACACUUGAACUUUAUUACCAUUGUAAAUAUUUAAAGUGUUGUUUUUUAAAAAACUUUUAUUGUCUUGAGAAACAAAGAAGAAAUGUUUAAAAGAAAACAAAGAACCCGUGCUUCGUAACGCAAUUAAAAUGAAGCGUCCAAAUA